AUGAUCGAGAAGAAUCACAACCCUGACGCCAACUCUAACUUGGUUUACACUUUGGAAAAUGGUAUCCCAUAUUCACACCAUCCUUAUGGAGCGCAAUACGCUCGUCCUGAGGGUCCUUUGCUAUUGCAAGACACUCAUUUGAUCGAGACUUUGGCACAUUUUGACCGCGAAAGAAUUCCCGAAAGAGUUGUGCACGCCAAAGGCGGUGGAUGUCGCUUGGAAUUUGAAUUGACUGACUCGUUGAGCGAUAUCACUUUUGCUGCUCCAUACCAGAAACCGGGCUACAAGUGUCCAGGUAUUGUGCGGUUCUCGACCGUAGGAGGUGAGCAAGGAACUCCAGACACCUUGAGAGACCCCAGAGGGUUCUCAGUCAAGUUCUAUACGGACUGGGGUAACCACGAUUGGGUGUUCAACAACACUCCUGUAUUCUUUAUCAGAGACGCUAACAAGUUCCCACAUUUUAUCCACACGCAGAAAAGAGACCCCAAGACGCACUUGAAUCAUCUUUCUGAUUCGUCUAUGUACUGGGACUAUUUGACGCAAAAUGUGGAAUCUAUCCAUCAAAUUGUGUACAUGUUUGGCGACAGAGGCACUCCUGCGUCGUGGGCCCACAUGAGCGGGUAUUCCGGCCACACUUACAAGUUUAUCAACGAAAAAAACGAAUUGACAUAUGUCCAGAUCCACGUGAGACCUGACGGCGGAUUUAAGACUUUAACAGACGGAGAAGCGGCUGAACUCAAUGGUUCGAGCCCUGAUCAUAACCAGAAAUUGCUAUUUGAACAACUGGAAAGGGGCGAGAAACUCACUUACACCUGUUACGUACAGACGAUGACGCCAAAGCAGGCUGAAGAAUUCAGAUACUCAAUCAACGAUUUGACCAAAGUCUGGCCCCACAAAGAAUUUCCUCUAAGAAAAUUCGGUAAGAUAACUUUGACCGAAAAUUUCGAGAAUUAUUUUGAAGAGAUGGAGCAGGCUGCAUUCUCUCCAAGCAGCACUUUUAUUCCCGGUAUCGAACCUUCAAACGACUCAGUUUUGCAAUCGAGACUUUUUUCAUACCCAGACACACAUCGUCACAGAUUGGGUGCUAACUAUCAACAGUUGCCGGUCAAUAGUCCAAGAAAUCUACCUCCACGGAAUAGCGCAGGAUGUCCGUUCAGCCUUGGAAAUUUCCACAGAGACGGUCCAAUGUGCUUGUACAACCAGGGCUCUUCCCCCAACUACAUUUCUACUAUUCACGACCAGAAGAUCAAGUUCAAGGAUUUGAAAAGCGACGCUGCCUCGCACGAAAAGUUCACCGGUCCUGUACUAGAUAAGGAUUAUAAGGCGAACUUGGAAAAGCAGGAAGAGGACAGAGCUCGCCACGAGAAAAUUAUUCACGGUAAGCUGAACGAGUACUACGCUGUUACUGGUGUUUCGCCCUUGGAUCUGGAACAACCGAGAGCCCUUUACGAAAAAGUGUUCAACGACGUGGACAAGGAACAUUUCGUCAACAACGUGGUGGGCCAUGUCUCGGGCGCAUCUCAACCUCAAAUUCAGACUAGAGUGACUCAAUAUUUUGGUCUUCUCAACAAGGACUUGGGUGCCAAGAUUGCCAAGGGACUUGGAAUUGAAUAUAAGCCUCUCUCGUUCGACGAAUAUGUCAAUUCCUUGACCGUUGCAUCUGCGUUUUAA